AUGGACAAGAGUUGGAUUGACGAAUCGAACCAUACUUCGUCUACUUAUUUGGAUGGUGUGAUACAAUUCUUAAACUAUGUUUUUCAUGGGAGGGACAUAGACUCGGUUGUAUAUUGCCCAUGUAGGACUUGUUUAAACCGUGCCACUAAUACUCGUAGGGAGAUAUUGCUUCAUUGCAUUAGGUAUGGGUUUGACCCGUCUUACAGGGUGUUGACUAGCCAUGGUGAAGUUAUGGGUGAAACAUCAACUAGCACGGAAGACAGGCAAAGGUCAGCACUGUGGGAAGAUGACCUAGAUAUGCUAAUGCGCAAUUAUGCUAUGCCUGACCACUUGGGUGAGGGGAUCAAUGAAGGCAAUACUGCGAACGAUGUGGGUGACGACCAUAGAGAUGACAACAAUAGUGGGUGGAGGCAAAUGCUUGAAGACAUGCAAAGUGAUCUUAUCCCAGGGUGUAAGAAGAUUAGCAGGCUUACAUUUAUUGCACGUCUCUUGCAUUUGAAGGUUCUAUGUCAGUGGUCAAACCACUCGGUCGACCUACUAUUAGAGCUAUUGCGGGAUGCCCUACCAGAUGUUGUGAUCUUGCCGAAGAAUUACUACGAGGCAAACAAAAUAACAAAGAAGUUGGGGUUCAAUUAUAAGAGUAUAGAUGCAUGCAUUAAUAACUGUAUGUUGUUCACAAGAGAUGAUGUAGAACUCAAAUCUUGUGCGAUUUGUGGGGCUAGUAGGUUCAUUGACGGCAGCCCCACAAAGGCAGCAAAAAAGAUGAGGUACUUUCCCAUAGUGCCCCGUUUACAGAGAUGGCUUUUAUCUUCAAAAACUAUAGCUUCCAGGCGCUGGCAUGCUGAAGGCCAUGUCAACGAUGGACUGUUACGCCAUCUUGCUGAUAGUGCAGCAUGGAAGAACUUCAAUCGUCGUCACCUGUCAUUUUCCAGUGACAUACGCAAUAUCGGGUCUCGUAUUCUUCUCAUAUCUCGUGGUUUGGAAAAACGCAUUGUUAGUGAAGGGGUGUUGCUAUCCGACCCUACCCCAGGUGACACUAUUGACAUAGUAAGGGUUUUUGUUACAACUGCUACUAUUCCGGAGGCUGCGCUUAUUCUACGGAUAACAUAUGGAGCACAAACACUCGGUGAGGUUGUCCGCACUUGUUCGUCGCCUAUAACUACGGUGUACGGCCACUUUGACGCUGCAUGGGGCGUUGCAGCAUGGCACGUAGUUCUAUGCUGA